AUGAUAAAGUUCUUGACUCUCACGCUGGCAUGCGGGUUCUCGUUGGCUGAGGGUUUUGUGCUUCCUCGGUAUGCCUCGCAUGUUUCUGCAAGAUCUGUCCAAUCAAACCAGUACGACUUUGUUAUCGUAGGAGGCGGGCCAUCAGGACUGGUCCUUGCUGAUAGGCUCACAGGAGAUCCAAAGAUAACUGUCCUUGUGAUUGAGGCAGGGAGCUUCGAUCAGGGAGAAGAUGGUGUCCGAGUACCUGGUGCCUGGAAUCCUGCUCCCUAUGUUUGGCCUGACUUGGUAACAGAGCCUCUCACUGCUUUGAACAACCGUACAGAGCAGGUUGUUGUGGGAAAGGUAGUUGGAGGCGGCACUACUAUCAACGCGAUGAACAUCCUCAGGGCAACCAAAGCUGACUACUCUGCGUGGGUGUCUCUUGGAAACAAGGGCUGGGGUUGGAAUGAUAUGCUACCGUUUUUCAAAAAAGGAGAGAACUUCAACCCACCCGACCCGGUGUUUGCUGCGGCCUCAAAUAUUUCAUGGGACGACUCAGUCAGGGGACGUGGUGGGCCUCUCCAGUAUGGGUACGCAAACUAUAACUACCCAGGCUCCGGCCAGUGGUGGUCGGCCGCGAGGUCAGCUGGUAUGGAACCUAUCCGCGACCCAUCGUCUGGAGUCAAUGUGGGACUCUUUUGGGUGCCAACCGCCCUUGAUCCAAAAACCCAGACUAGGUGUAGUGCCCGUGUUGCUCGUUAUGAUCGGGUUUCAACACGCUCAAACUAUCACAUCCUGGUUGAGCAUCAAGUGGCCAAGAUUCUUUUCAACGGUACUCGGGCCAUUGGCGUACAGUAUCGUGGGAGUCCUGGUCAGAAUAAAUCGACUGUUCUUGCCUCGAAAGAAAUCAUCGUGGCUGCCGGAGCAAUACACACACCCCAAAUUUUGCAACUCUCUGGUGUUGGACCAGAGCCGGUGCUUCAAUCACUAGGUAUUCCCAUCGUUGCAAGUCUUCCAGGAGUUGGGACGAACUUUCAAGACCAUGCCUCGAUUAAUGUGCGGUACAACUUCAGUAAUUUGAUCACUCCCAAUGCUGGGUCCAUCAUCAGCAAUGCCAUGUUCGCUAUCAAGCAACGGAAACUAUAUGAAAGCCAUCAACCUAGUGCUUUUACUGUAGUGAGGGGUCUCGGUUCUACCUUUGGUACUUUAUCUUUCAAAGACUUGACCGAAGUAAAAGCUUCCGUAAUAAGCGAUGCUAGGAAGCGUGACGCUGCUGCUUCUCUUCCCGCAAACGAAGACAGCACUGUUGUGGCGGGUUACCAAGCACAGCGCAACAUACUUAUACAACAGUUGGAGAACCCAGAUAUGGCGGUGUCCGUUACAGCCUGGGACACCUUCUCGUCAGUCAUGGUGGCUGUUCUAAAACCUUUCAGUCGUGGCAAGAUCACCAUUCAGUCAACCGAUGUUCGCAAAGAACCUAAAUUGGAUUUUAGCACGGCUACUGACCCGUCAGAUCUGCCCAUUUUCAUUGCGACGCUCCGAAAGCUGCGUCAAAUCAUGUCUGCACCCGAUAUGGCGGCCAUGGGGGUCAUAGAGGCCGGUCCGCUCGAACCACAUAUCCAAAGCGAUGAAGAGUUCGAGACCAUGCUUCGUAGUUCUCUUUCUGUUUCUAGCGCACAUCAGUGUUGCUCUGCGCCUAUGAUGCCACGAGAAUUGGGCGGCGUUGUCGAUGCAGAGCACAAAGUGUAUGGCGUUACUGGACUGCGCAUCGCUGACGUGAGCACCUUUCCCAUGGCUGUUUCUGGAGGUCCCACGGCUAAUGUGUACGCCGUGGCGGAAAAGGUAAAGAUGACUCGUGGCUAUCCCUGA